UCCGCGCGGUAAGCCCGCUACUCGGCGGUUUAACGAAAUUUUUCAGUUCGAAACAAAACAGAAAUAAGUAAAUGUAAAAAAAAGAAGAAAAAGAAACCAUCGAGAUUUAUGCUAACACGAAAAACGCGAAUAAAGAGUACAGACCGCCCACUUCUCCUCCACGUUUCUUUUGUGGAGCGAACAAAGCUGGGUAACGGUUAACGGGCAACGGGAAUCGGGAAUCGGGAAUCGUUUGUAUCGGGAAUAUAAUAAAAAACGGUAGAACAAGGAAAAAGCCUUUCCUUUGUGCCAGGCACUGCGUGCUAAUUAAAUCGUGUGAUUUCUGUGGCCCAGUGGCUAAAUGUGCAUUCGAUAUUGAAUUCAAAUUCCAGUUCAACCCAAUACAAGGCCCCCCUGCUCCUUGAUUCCCCAUUUAUGCGUCAUAUGUAAAAGGGCGGAAAAAGGGCGAAAAAGGAAAGAGCGACAGAGAGAGAGAAAAGCAAGGCAAACCAAGGAAAGAAGCAGUGGCCACAACAAAACCAGCAAACACAGAACAAGAAGCACAAAACAGAACAACGGUAGCCCCCACCCACAACGCCGCCCCACCUCCUUGCAUUGUUUUUGUUGCUGCUGCAGCUGUUUUUUUUUUAUGCUGCCGGCUAUUUGUGUGCGUGUGUGUAGCCAAUGCGCAUGUGUGUCUGUGUCAACCCCCGCGGACAAAAAGACAACAACGAAACUAAAAUAAAAGUGAAAAGUUCAAUUCCCAGUUUACCAUUACGAAUUGUUAGUUCAGCUCAUCAUUUAAAUAAGCCUCGAAAAAAUAAAGAUAAAUAGUUUUAAUACGAGAGAAGAAUAGUGUCAAAGUGUUCUUUAAAUCGGUUCUAAAAAUAAUAAAAAAGUGUUAAGAAAAGCUAAAGAAAUGUGUUCCACAUGUGUCAUCGUUGUUCUGCUCGCACUCGUUGCGGCAGUCUCGUGCAUCCAGGAUCUGACCCUCCCACACCAAAGAACUUCACCCAACGUUGAGCUGCUGGACGUACAGAAUCAAAAGUCAGCUAAAUCCAAGAAUGCUAUAUCUGAGGAUAUAAUGUACAAUUACCUCAUGCAGUUUGAUUAUCUGCCCAAGUCGGACCUGGAAACGGGUGCUCUGCGCACCGAGAAGCAGCUGAUAGAUGCAAUCCGGAGUCUCCAGACUUUUGGCAACAUUCCAGUUACGGGCCAAAUCGACUCGGCAACGGCCCGGCUAAUACAGCAACCUCGAUGCGGCGUGGGCGACAAGAAUUCCGCUUACAGUUUCUCACCAGAUAAUCUGGAUCAUGGCAGCAUGGGCUUUAGAGCACGGGUGCGGCGUUACGUUCUACAGGGACCCAAGUGGUCAAAAACGGCUCUAACAUGGAGCUUGGUCAACCGGACUAUGCCUGAUGCCACGAAUGUCCGAAGGAUGGUGAGCCGUGCACUGAGCGUUUGGGAGAACAACUCAAAGCUAACAUUCCGCGAGGUAUCCAGUGAACAGGCCGACAUACAGAUACUCUUUGCCCGACUCGGGCAUGGCGAUGGCUAUAAAUUCGAUGGACCUGGUCAGGUGCUGGCUCACGCCUUCUAUCCCGGCGAUGGGCGUGGCGGUGAUGCUCAUUUCGAUGCGGACGAGACCUGGAACUUUGGCGAACAAACCGACGAUGACCAAGGAACCAAUUUUCUGAACGUGGCCCUGCACGAACUGGGUCAUUCUCUGGGUCUGGGCCACUCCUCGGACCAGAAAGCGGUCAUGUUUCCUUGGUACCAGAACAACGAGGUAGACGGAAAGCUACCUGACGACGAUCGUAAUGGAAUUCAGGAGUUAUACGGAUCGAAACAGAAGAUCUGGGGGCCCCUCAGACCACCUACUACACCAACUACCACCACUACGACAAUGCGGCCGUUAACCUAUCGUCCCGUCUACACACACAAAUAUAAUACCAAUAGGGAACGCAAUGAUCAGGAGGAGCGUUCGAGAGAGUGGGAACGACAGUGGCAGGAAAGAGAGAAGCAAGAUCGAGAACGGCAGGAACGAGAGCGGCAGGAACAGGAGCGGCAGCAACAGGAGCGACAGGAACGGAAGCGACUGGAAUGGGAGCGACAGGAACGGGAGCGCCAGGAACAGGAGCGCCAAAAACGUAUACGUGAGAACUGGGAGCGUAAUAGGAAUAAGGAACCAGUUACCCCACCAACGAGAACCACACUGAGGCCCACUAACCGGCAAUAUACCUCUGGGGUACACCGACAGAACCACCACCACAACAAGCCGCAAAAAAACAAACCAGACAACUGUAUGACCUACUACGACGCCAUAUCAAUGAUUCGAGGCGAACUUUUCAUCUUCCGAGGACCAUAUCUCUGGCGCAUUGGGAAAAAUGGUCUGUAUCCAGGUUAUCCCACAGAGACUAGAAGGCAUUGGUCCGCUCUACCCGAGAAUCUCACAAAAGUGGAUGCUGUAUAUGAAAACAAACAGCGUCAGAUUGUGUUCUUUAUCGGUCAAAGAUAUUAUGUGUUCAACUCGGUUAAUCUAGCUCCUGGCUUCCCGAAACCGCUCGCCAGUCUGGGUUUGCCGCCCUCUUUAACCCACAUCGACGCAUCCUUCGUGUGGGGUCACAACAAUCGAACCUACUUGACAAGCGGCACUCUAUACUGGCGUAUCGAUGAUUACACUGGUCAGGUGGAACUGGAUUAUCCGCGGGACAUGAGCAUCUGGUCAGGAGUUGGAUACAACAUCGACGCGGCCUUCCAGUAUUUAGAUGGAAAGACGUACUUCUUCAAGAAUCUCGGUUACUGGGAAUUCAACGAUGACCGUAUGAAGGUGGCCCAUGCCAAAGCCAAAAAGUCAUCUCGAAAAUGGAUGCAAUGUUCUAUGAGUGUCAAUGAGGUGGACGACGAUCAGAGAUGGACGGCGUCCUUGGUUUCUGGGGAAAACGAAAGUAGCGAGGAAACGGGGACAAGUAGCGCCAGGGAACAUAGGAUCAGCCUGUUCUUGCUCUCGAUUCUCCUGUUCGCCAUCUGGCGGAGUUAAGAUUGAAACCAGGACUUAGGCUAAGCAAUCUGUAGCACUAAAGUUAUCCUCGUAUAUUUCAUUAAGAAAAAUUUAAAGUUAUAUACAGAUCUGUUAUGGUUUAUUAUCCCAAAAAAACAUUAGUAUUAAUCGAAUUGGGUACUUUAAUUUGAUUUUAAAACAAUUUAAAUUACUUACACAGAAAAAUUGCAUUCAAACUUAAGCUCUUGCUUUAUACUAUAUAAUCUGAGACGACCUAGGACCUAUAUAGAAAAGCGUAACUGUGUGACAGUCUGGCGCUGAAAUGCCUCCAAAGACGACACCAAGCGGCCUUUCCUUAGAUAUAGAACAAAUAAAUCAACAUUCAUGUGAGAGUCGCAUAUAGAUGAAAAAUCUACGACUUACCACUGCCCGAUUUAUUCAUGGACACUUGCCAAUUGUGCACACUGGCGCCAUCUAUUGGCAAAAUAGCACAGCUGUUUUACCAGAUCUAUAUACCGUAAAUAUAAGAUAAAUUCACAAUAUGAUUGAUACCAUAACUAUAAUAUACUUAAGAAUGAAAGAGUUUUAUUAAGUAACUACAGAAAGCGACGAAAUUUCAAUGUUGGAUUUCGAAACCACAACUGCCUUAUAAAUAAGAAUAGUAUUGCUUUUUAUUGAUGAACGUCUGAUCCGCUUUUCUUGUUUUGAUAAACCUUUAUAAUUAUUUAUAUAUAAAUGUGAUAUUAUCAUAAAUUCUGAGCGAUUGUACACGAAAGAUAAUCUGAGCAUAAACGAAAAACUUUAUAUUUUGAUUAGUUUUUAGUUUAAUUUACAUAAGAUACUUAAGCUACAGCUUAUCUUUUUAUACACAUAUUUACGAAAGGAAACUAAAUAAAUAAAUAUAACAAUUC